AGGGGCCUCCCAUCCGCCUCGCCACGGGUGGAGGCACCGCCGGCCUGCUCGGGGUUCUUUGCUUUGGUUUUUCCCCCCCUUCCUCGAGGCUUCUCCUGGGGGAGCACUGGGGGGCUGCCGCCGUGGCUCCGGUGGGACGUCCCGUGCAGGGGGGGGGGGGGAUAGAGUUUGGGAUCAGCCUUCGCCGCCCGUCUGGUUUUCAUUAGUCAGCCCGGCUCGGCCAAGAACCACAGCAAUAAAUAAAGGCGAACAAUGCCAGCCCCCUCCCUGCAGCCGCCCCCAUCUCGCCGCUCGGCCCCAGGAUGCAGCCGGGUGUCUGGGAAAGGGGGCUCCGGCCACAGCCGAGCGGGACAGGCCGGGGAGAGUGAAUGGGGCUGGCAGGGGGAAGCAGGACGGAGGGGAGGGGACCCGAGAGCAUAAGAGGGAAGGCAGGGCCAGCGGCGGAGAGCAGAGGCAGUGACAGCCCCCGGCAGCGCGGGCAUGGCGAGGCUGGCCCCCCGCAAGCCCCCUAGGUGCCGGGGCUUUGCCAUCCUUUGGGGGGACCACGUCUUCCUCCUGGGGCUGCUGCUUUUCCCAGGUCAGGGGGGUGCUGCUGGACCACGAGGCCCGGCGUCCCAUGGGGAGCGGGUGACCCCGCACUGGCUCCUGGGGGGCCGCACCCGGCGAGCUGUCAGCCUGGACGAGCAGGAGCCGGCGCCGGCGCGGGCAGAGGUGGCCGUGAUGGCCGAGGGCAGAGAGCUCGUCCUGGUGCUGGAGAGGAACGAGCUGCUGGCACCGGGUUACACCGAGACACACUACACCACGGAUGGGCGGCCGGUGACGGUGGCUCCCAACCACACGGACCACUGCUACUACCACGGGCACGUGCGGGGCUACAGGAGCUCCUGGGUUGUCCUCAGCACCUGCUCGGGAAUACGGGGCCUGAUCGUGGUGAGCAGCAACGACAGCUACUACCUGCACCCCCUGGGGACCCCUGAGCCGGGCCAGCACGUCAUCCUCCGAGCGGAGCACCUGCCCAUCGCAGGGGGCACCUGCGCCCACGGCGACAACUUCGGGAGCACCGUGGGUGCCAUCGCCCGGCUCUUCAGGCCGGCGGAGCGCCGGGUGAAGAGAGAUGCCUGGAGGACCAUGAAGUACAUGGAGCUCUUCAUCGUUGCUGACAACACGCUGUUCAGGAACCAGAACCUCAACCUGGGCCACACCAAGCAGCGAAUCGUGGAGAUCGCAAACUACGUGGACAAGUUUUACAGGUCGCUGAACAUCAAGGUGGCCCUGAUCGGCCUGGAGGUGUGGACGGAGCGGGACCAGUGCGCCGUGACCAGCGACGCCAACGCCACGCUCUGGUCCUUCCUGCAGUGGAAGAAGGCGCUGAGGGCACGCAAGAAGCACGACAACGCCCAGCUGCUGACCGGGAAGACGUUCAGGGGGACGACCAUCGGCAUGGCCCCGCUGGAGGGGAUGUGCAGUGCGGACAACUCCGGGGGUGUCAGCAUGGACCACUCGGAGCACCCCAUCGGAGCCGCCGCCACCAUGGCCCACGAGAUCGGCCACAACUUCGGCAUGAGCCACGACAGCCAGGGCUGCUGCGUGGAGGCCACCCCAGAGCAGGGCGGCUGCGUCAUGGCAGCGGCCACCGGCCACCCCUUCCCGCGCGUCUUCAGCUCCUGCAGCAAGAGGCAGCUGGAGAACUACUUCCAGAAGGGAGGCGGCAUGUGUCUCUUCAACCUGCCCGACACCAAGGACCUGGUGGUGGGCCGCAAGUGUGGCAACGGCUUUCUGGAGGACGGAGAGGACUGUGACUGCGGGGAGGUGGAGGAGUGCACCAACCCCUGCUGCAACGCGCACAACUGCACGCUGAAGAUGGGGGCCCAGUGUGCCCACGGUGACUGCUGCCAGAACUGCAGGCUGAAGGUGGCUGGGACGACCUGCAGGGAAGCAGCAGGAUCCUGUGACCUCCCCGAAUACUGCACGGGUGCCUCACCCUACUGCCCGGCCAACGUGUACCUGCUGGAUGGCUCGUCCUGCGCCUAUGGCGAGGCGUACUGCAACAACGGCAUGUGCAUGACCCACCACCAGCAGUGUGUCCAGCUCUGGGGGCCAGGUGCCUGGCCAGCCCCGGAUGCCUGUUUCCAGGACGUGAACAUGGCUGGCAACACCUACGGCAACUGUGGCAAGGACAGCCAAGGGCGCUACGUCAAGUGCGACAAGAGGGAUGCCAUGUGCGGCAAGAUCCAGUGCCAGAGCUCGGCGAAGAAGCCCCAGGGGACCAACACUGUCUCCAUCGACACCACCAUCCGCUUCAACGGGCGGGAGGUGAAGUGCCGGGGCACCUACAUGUACACCGCGAAGGACGACGAGGAAGACCUCUCUGACCCCGGGCUGGUGAUGACGGGGACGAAAUGUGGGGAUGGGAUGGUUUGCAAAGACCGCCGGUGCCAGAAUGCCUCCCUUUUUGAGCUGGAGAAGUGUGUUUCCCAAUGCAAUGGCCAUGGGGUUUGCAACAGCAACAAGAACUGCCACUGCAAUGCCGGCUGGGCUCCCCCCUACUGCGAGAAGCCAGGCUUGGGCGGCAGCGUGGACAGCGGCCCCGUGCAGCACGACAAUCAUGAAGCCAUCUUAAUAACUCUUCUGCUCAUCUUCCUGCUCAUCCUCCCGGCCCUGGUGAUGGGCAUCUACUUCUGGUACCGGCGGGAGAAUUCGCUCCUGAAUAAAUGGAUCAAGGAGAUGAGGAGGAGGGGCCAGGAGACGUACCGGAACAAAGCCUUUGGUCGGAAGGCAACCAGUGGCCACUCCAAAGCUGCUUUCACCUUGCGGGACAUUUCCAUCUCCAGCUACACUAACAAAGCAUCGCGUGCUGCGUUCCCUCCCAAACCCAGCGCUCACCAUACCGGCCCCCAGCCCGUCAACAUCGUCCACCCGCUUCGUCCCCCGCCUCACUCCAUCCCCCCGCGCCCGAGGGACCCCAAGCCUGCCAGGCCACCUCUGCCAGCCAGCAAAUCGCCCAUGGUCCCCACCAAAACGGUCGUCUCCCAAGCUAAACUGCCUCCUCCAAAGAAACCUCUUCCCUGCAGCCCCGUGAGGACCCCGCUGGUCGGCCCAAAGCACCAGCCGCCUCGUCGGCCGCUGCCUGGAAGUCCUCUUCUGGCCAAAGAGCUGCCUCCUGCACACGGACAGACCCUGCUGGUCAUGGUCCCUCCUACCAACUUCAAGGCAUUGGGUACAAGCACCACGAGCCACCCUACGAGGCCGUUCAAGCCGAUGCCACCUCAAAGGCCAGUCCCAGCCAUCAAAGUCCAAUCCACCUCCUUCCCCUCGAAGAAGUGACAAACCAAGGACCUUAAGCCCAUCCUCCCUGAGCUGGCUCUCCUGAUUUGCACUGCUGCUGGUGACAGGGGACUUUUAUUCCUCUCUUGUUUUAUUUGUUUUUUUGUUUUGUUUUUUUUUUUUGAUACCAGAGGACUAUUUUUAUAAGACAGAACAAGUACUCAGCACACAAACUGUGGUGGCAGGGGGAGGAGAGGGGAAAAUUGGCACCGUGAUACAACUAAGGGUUGCGGUGGGCUGAUGGUGGGGGCACCACGGUGGGACCUCCACCACAGCUCUGGGGAUCGCCUCCUUGCCAGGUUCCCCCCCAGCUUUAAUUCUUCCUGACAUUGCACAUGGGCUGGUCGGGGUGCCCUGAGGUCCAUCCAACACCGAAGCAAGAUGCUGACGACGGUGGCAGCAAAAGCUGUGUAAUAUCUUCCUAGCUACCUCCUCCUUCUCCUCCGGGCCUGGUGACGUCCCCUGCCACCCGCUGCCACCAGAGUUCAAUGCUGGGCAUUGUCUCCGGGGAGACUUUUGCCUUCAGAGAAGAGUGGUUUCCAGUUCGGACCAUGCCAUACAGUGCUGGGGCAUGGCCACGAAGGCUCCACGUUCUCCGGCUCCUCCAGGCCCCUUCCAAGAAAACCUAGUGAUGAUCCCGGGGCCGUACGUGGAAGGAGAAAUGGUUUUCAUGCCUGCGGCGCUGGUGGCAGCUGGCUACCAUGGUGCUUUCGAGGGGCUCAGGAGCCCUUCAAAAACGUUGCAGGCCCAGAAGUGGCUUUGUGAGCUGCUAUCACUGCUGUCCCCACGGGGACGGAGCCACGAGCCAGGAACGAGAGCAGGAAGGCCUCCUGCCCAUGUCGCUUGCCCAAAGGCUUGCCCAAAGGCCUCGGCCGAGCCAUUGCAUUUCUCUGUGCCUCAGUUCCCCCCGUCGGUAAAAUGGGGGGGUAAUAUACCUACCUCACAGGGGUGUUGUGAGGUUUAGCAAACUGGUGUCUCGACAGGGCUUUACAAUCCUCAUACGAAAGGUGCUGUUGACCCGCACAGGACUGCUCCAUGCCGCUUCCCCGUGUCUUGACGCACGGCUGUCAGGGUGUGAAACGAGAACGAUGCCUUUGUACAGCGCCCCGGCUCCUCUGCCUGGUUUCUGCCUCAGACCUUCCCCGAGCUCAGGGUCUGCCCCCAGUCAGCACAAACGGGCACCCCUGGAGCCCCUCUGUCCGUCCUUAAUCCCGGGAUCAGGGGGUCCAGCCGUGUGUGACACAUCAGCUACCCGGGCUUAGAUCCUGUCAGACCCAGGACAAGUCUUUCUGAGAUGUGUCUGACCAAUGUCAAGGGUAGUUGGGGUGUAGGCUCAGGGGCAACCCUCAGGAAACUCUUCUGGUGUUUCGUUAACCCCAAUACUACAAAACGGGCUGCUAAUUGCAGGCUGUGGUUAAGUCCACUUUAACCUAAGCUGUCCAUGCCCAUGUUUGUGUUUUUUAAUUUAAUUUAAUUUAAUUUAAUUUUAAUUUUAUUUUAUUGUUUUAUUUUAAUUUUAAAUUAUUUUAUUUAAAUUUAUUUUUAUUUUAUUUAAAUUUAUUUUAUUGUAUUUAAAUUUUAUUUAUUUAUGUUAUUUUUAUUUUAUUUUUCUUUUAUUGUUUUAUUUUAUUUUAAAAUUAUUUUAUUUUAUUUCAUUUCAUUUUUAUUAUUAUUUAUUAUUUUUAUUUUUAUUUUUAUUUUUAAUUUUGAUUUUAAUUUUUAUUUUUGAAGUAUUUGCUCUUGCUCAUGGCUCUGCCCUGAGGCAUCUCCAGUGCCUCCACAUCUUUCUUGGUGGGUAGAUACCCAGGCAGGCUGUAGGAUCCAGCAGCUCCCAUAACUGAUAACAAGUCACAACAUCACAGGGUUAUUUAGUCUGAAAGGGACCUCUUGAUGUCAUUCUCAGCUCUCCUCCAGAGGUUAAAUGACCAGGUCCCUAAACCUGCCCAGGGUCCCGUUCUUUUCUGUGAAAUCCCAAGAACUUCUGGCAUGGUCAGACUGGAAGGAGACCCUACAAAAGUGCUGGAGAGGGGAGACCCUUGUCUCUGCCUGUCCUCCUGCCCGGUGUAGGUGUCAGCAGAGGGUUAAACACUUGGAGAGGGUUUGGGGAAGUCACCGCAAUGAUGAAGGGCUGGAAAACAUUUCCUGAAGACUCGAACAUUUAGCUUAAUGCGAAGUGCGGGAUGCCAAUGCUGCUGUCAAAACCCACCUUACUUUGGGGUGGGCACUUUGUGGCUUGAGUCCUGGCUGGAGUCACUCCUGCAGAGGGGGUUUGGGGUGCUGAGCCGACACCAGAUGGCAGCAGAUGACCAGAAAUCUGUGCUCAGCCUUCCUCUGGAGCUCUGCGGGAUGUUCCAGGGACCAGAGCCUGGAGAGCAGCUUUUCUCCUUGCAUCUUCCCUCCCCAGCCAUCCUCUGCGAUCCCAUUAAAAGCAUGUGCUGGGCCUCUG